AUGCUGCCAAAAAUUAAACUCCUGUUUCGUCGGGGCUCUCGGGUCUUGAGUAGACCUGCUGAGCCCGUGCCUUUGGGCAACAAAGAGAACCUGCUCUCGGGAAACAAAGAACCCUCGUGCCCGGGCAACAAAGAACACACCCCUCAGUCCACUCCAAAGGUGGGCCAACGGCCGUCGAGAUUACAUCGCAUCGAGAGAUGGCUCCAGAACGUUUCUCACCCCGUUUAUGGGUCUCCCAUCAACAGGGUGCGACCCAAAGUCGAUAAUAUCGACUUUCACAUCCACUUUUCUGAUAGUUUGGAGUCAGGACCCCCUCCGGCCUGGUUUAAUGAGACUUGGGACAACGAUCCCGAGAUUCAACCUUUCCUGUGGGAAGACGAGAUUUUCCACGACCCCAUCAACUCACGUCCUUCUCCCUCUCCUGCCACCCCGGUCCUGCCACAGCCGGCGGUUGCAUCCCCUCCCCUUCACCAUCCCGAGGAGCCGGCAAGCUCCUCGUCGCUGAACACCAUGCCUGACACGGUUGCUCAGUUCAGCGCACAGGGUCGGGUUGUGACCUCAGCCCAAAAGCGGGCCUUCUUCCCCGAUGACACGGAGCCUCAGAGCCCGACUAAGCGAGUCAAACUCGAGCCAGAGGGCUCUGCAACAAAGAGCAAGCGGCCCGAGGACGACGACAUCAGUGAGGACGACAACUGGGACUCCGAUCCGCCCACCUCGCCUGAAUAUAAGAUUUCCAGUGCGAGUGAUGGUGAUGACAGCGACACCAGCGACGCUGCUUCCUCACCAUGCGUGAAGCGAGUAAAGAGGGCCGCUUUGCAUCCCUCAGUCAAGAAGGGCCACUCCAUUAACCCCAAAGCUAGAAAGAAUAGGAAGAGGAAGGCAUCGGAUUCGGAUAGAUCCAUGUCUGAGCCAAGUGACCUCGACUACGAGAGCGAGGAAGAAUACUUCAUUCCGACAGGAGAGCGCGACGAGCUGCUCAAUAAUAAGCUGACCCGGGAAAGGGCAAAGCGCCUACUUGACGCUGUGGAACUGCCCCAAGGCCACGACCUGUCACCAGACGAACAGCGGACUGCCCAUCAACUUCUUGCUCGUGGCUGCAUGCCAACUAUCCACAGACACUGGGAGAAAGAUUUCUCCACCCUUCCAGAGUCACUGUUCUUUUCUGGGAAAGAGGAUGAAGCUCAACGUAACGAAUCUAACUUUGUCCUUGAAAACGAUAAGUGUUCCGAGUUUUAUGCGAUCCGUGCAUUUCAAGAACUUUUAAAGAUAUGUGGCAAUGUGAGGGACUACUGCAAUAUCCUUGACCUCUGUCCUGCAGUCUACAUCAAGAAGUCAACAGAGAAAUACCUGCGUUGGGCAUUGAGCGAUGCCGGUGUCAGAGUCCAGCCGGACACACCCCCCGUGCACAUCAUCUACAGUAAAUAUCAGGACGAAGAGCCAAAAGAAGCCUUUAACAAAGUUGCCAACGCAUUGAAGAAGCUAUCAGAUACCUGGCAGAGCCAACUCGCUGCACCCCACGAUGGCGAAAAAGCCUGGCCGGCAUUGAUGGGGCUCGUUAUAUGCGGACCUGUUCUUUCUGUCAUCUCUCUCGAUACCAAUCCCCAUCCGCAAACCCUAACACAAGGAAUCAAGUUCCUUGGUCAUUUCGACCUUGCAGAUUUUGAUAAUGAUGUUUGGAAUACCCUAGCUGUCGCGAUCAUUGUCAUGCACAUCAAAAGGACUGUGACCAAACUCGCGAAGGCCUACGAUAACAGGUUCGUGGCCUCGAUCUCUGAUGACCCUACCAUGGUUUCCCCGGAUCCUGAUCGUUAA